AUGCCUAAUACGAUUUUGAGAGAAAUAGCAUCUUCGGUUGCUGAAGUUAGUCCGAAUUUCAGCUUAGUGGUGGUGCGUAAUAAUGUGACACAAAACUCAGAGUUAAGUACAGAAUGUUCAGAUAGACUGACUCUUCCUGUCAAAGGAACUUAUGAAGAGGUCAACCACAGUCUAAAAAUAUUACUGAUGCUAUUUGUUAUUGAAACCUACAUCCUAUUAAGGAGCAAAUUUCACUAUUUGCCAGAGAGUUUCAUUAUUAUUUUUACAGGUUAGUAUUUCUUAUAAUUAUUUAAUAUUUCUAAUUAUAAUUAUUAUUUUUACAAGAGAAAAGAAGCAUUCGAUCCAACGACAUUUUUUCUCUUCAUGCUUCCACCUAUUAUGUAUGAAUCAGCAUAUAAUUUGCACAAGGGUAAUUUCUUCAGGAAUAUUGGCUCCAUCCUAGUAUUUGCAAUAGUAGGAACAGCUGUUUCAGCGUUUACCAUCGGCGGAUGCCUUUUUCUACUCGGAAAAAAAAAAUGGGUGUACGAAUUGAACUUCACGGAGAGUUUUGCUUUUGGGUCCUUCCUCUCUGCUGUGGAUCCUGUGGCCACUCUAGCUGUGUUUCAUGCCUUGGAUGUUGACCCUGUUCUCAACAUGCUGGUGAUCGGAGAGAGUAUUCUCAAUGACGCUGUGGCAAUCGUGCUUUCAGGAACAGUCUGGGAAGCAACUAAAAACCCAAAUAUCUUCGAUCAUCCUAUUUCACGCACCAUCCUCCAGUGCAUAGUGAGAUUCACGACAACGUUUUGCGCCUCAGCUGUUAUCGGUGUUGUAUUCGGUCUCAUUGCAGCUUUAAUAUCCUUUUCACAUCUCUUUAAAUAUAUAGCAUUAAGAAGGUACCCAUCUUUGGAAUUUGGAAUGAUAUUAAUUUUUAUAUAUUUUCCCUACUGCGUUGCCGAAGUUUUGCAAUUAUCAGGAAUCCUGGCAAUACUAUUCAAUGGAAUUGUGAUGUCCCACUACACGCAUCUCAAUCUGUCUCCUUUUGUUCAGAGAACAAUGCAAGUCACACUGAGGAGCAUUGCUUUCAUAUCGGAAACAUGUGUUUUCGCCUACUUGGGACUAUCGAUCUUCAGCUUUCGAAUCAUUUUGGAUUUUUCAUUUAUUUUUGUGACGUUGAUGCUUUGUCUCAUCGCUCGAGCGAUAAACGUUUUCCCUUUGAGUAUUACCGUGAAUUUUUUCCGGGUGCACGAAAUAACACCUAAGAUGAUGUUCAUCAUGUGGUACAGUGCCAUUCGCGGAGCAGUAGCUUUCGCCCUUGCCCUACGUUUCGACUUCGAAGAAGAAAAGCGAAAUGUCAUCAUAACAACGACUUUAGUAAUUGUGCUGAUAACCACUAUUGUAUUUGGAGGAAGCACUAUGCCUCUAUUAAAGGUAAUGAGUUCCUCCAGAGGAGGGAGAGCAGGGCAGAGAAGAAAAAGAGAGAGGACUGCCAAAGCGAGA